UUAGAGACAAGUUCAUUGUUGACAUUGUAUGUGAAUUUAUUGAAACAGCAGACUAUUAACAAUGUCCAAAAAUGUUUUACUACUCCGGACUAAAUGUCAGUCCAUCCAUCAUUUCAACUGCAUCAUUAGAAUAUCCUGUGAUUGAUAAAUAUUCUCAAAUAGAAUUUGAUGAUAUUAUUGAUUUAACAAUUAGUUGGAAUUAUUUUUUAGUAUGGCAAAAGAAUGCUGUAUUUAUAUCAGGAAAUAUUAAUGGAAAUUACAAAACUGAAUUAUUAACUAUUCCCGGAUUUCCUUCGAAAAAGCUUUGCUCUGCUAUUGCUGGGAAAACAAUGAUAACAUUUAUAACUAAUGAAAGAGAAAUUUGGCAGUAUAAUGUUUAUGAGAACAUUUGGAAGAAAAUAAAAGAUUUUAUGGUACAAAACGUUAACAAUGAAUUAGAGUAUGUAAUGAAAAUAGAAGGAUAUCACAGUGUAAUAGCUUUAACUAAUUUAGGAAGAGUUUUCAAUAUUCCCAAUUUAGUUGAAAUGCCCAAAAGAGUUAAGUUUAUCGAUAUUGCUUGUGGAUUUGAGCAUACUAUAUUGUUAGCUGAUAAUGGAACUCUUUAUUCAAUGGGAUCAGGCAGUAGAGGUCAAUUAGGACAUGGUGAUUUAGAAGACUGUGAUGAACCAAGAUUGAUUGAGGCAUUAGCUGGUCUUAAUAUUAUGAAAGUAUCUGCAGGUGGUUGGCAUAGUGGAGUAAUUACAUCAGAAGGAGAUGUAUAUACCUGGGGAUGGAAUACUAAUGGAGAACUUGGAAUAAUUAGUGAAGGGAAGAUUAUUGCCAUUCCAACAGUCGUAGAUUUUACAGAUAAAAAAGGAAAACCAUUAGAUAUAAAAAUGGAAAGUAUUCAGUGUGGCAAUGCUUUUACCAUGUGUCUGUCAGAAAAUGGAAUACUAUUUGGGUGUGGAUCAAAUAAAUAUGGACAAUUAGGAAGAUCAUCUCAACAGUUUUCUCAUUUAGAAAAAUUUAUAGAAUUAAAUGAAAAUUUCAAAGGAAAAAAAAUUCAGUUAAUCAAAUGCCAAGAGUGGGGUUCAUUAAUUAAAGUGGAAUAACUAUUUAAGUACACAAUAAGUAAAUUGCUUGAAUAUUUUUAUAGAUCUUUUUUGCGUUUUUAAAUUUAAUGAUGUUAAAAAAAAAAACAUGAAUUCAAGGAAAAAAUUAUACCAUAAAUUUCAACCUGAAAAAAACUAUUUAAAUCACAAAUAAAAAUGUAAAUAUUGAAUAAAUUUACCUUGAAUUGAAUUAAUUUUUCUGCCAGCCAAUUAGUGGCAAUACCUUGAGUAUAGCUAUUAUUUAUUUUUUUUUAAAAAAACAUUGAUAAAUAUCCAGUGCAAAUUAACUAAAAAAAUCUAAAAAUAUACACUGAAUUAGAGUAGGUUCUCAGAAAACAAUCAAACCACUUUAAGAUUGUAAUAUCUUGCAAGAUGUUGAGUAAUACUUUAGAUGAAUAUUAAAAUGAUUUGAUAGAUGUAA